AUGGCUGCAACCUCUCUCUCUCUCAUCUUCAAGAUCCUCGUCAUCGCGCUAGCCAGUUCUUCCCUCCUUCUCACCCCAGGAGAGGGCAAGUACGUGUGUCAAGGCAAAUGCGAGGACAUACCGGACUGCGACAACUGGUGCAAGUCGCCCGGCGGUUACUCCAAAGGAGGGCAGUGCGUGCCGCCGCUCUACCAGUUCUGCUGCUGCAUUGAAUAG